CGUCUUUUCAGACUUGGUCUCGAAUUGGCUGGUACUGAAUGAGUUAAAAACGCUUGUUUCUUCGGCCAUGUGGCGCCCUGAUGAUUUGUAUGAUGUACCCCCGCCGCCCCACCUUUGACAAAAAAAAAAAAAGCUGAGUCAAAGGCCUGUUUGUGAUGUCAUAAAGAAUCCCAAUGAAAUAGAACGACGGCAACAGAGCGCCCGGGCAGUGGGUUGUCUUAAAAGAAGAAGAAGAAGGAGGGGUGAGGCAACAAAUAAACACGGAAGGACGUUUAGUGACAGAGUGGGGGGGGGGAUAAAUGAGUGAGGCUCCCUUUCCCUUGUCUCCUCCCCUCAGUUGAAGACUGCUCCGAGCUCGGUCGUAGCGCGCCGCCGCGGCAACAGCAGCAGCAGCAGCAAGCAAGCAAGCUCACCUCCCUCCGCACGGCUAUUGGCAGAAGGGACGUUUCUUAGGUCACUUGACAGCUGAGGGGCCAUUCAUCUAAAGUACAGGCCAGACCCAAGCGCCUUCCACAUAGGACCCAGACCUGCACCCUGCAGAGUCGAGAGAUCUCCAUGCCACCUCUGCAGCAGCAGCCGUAGUGUCCGGUGAUGAUGCCGUCUUUGUGACGCCAGGCAGGAUGAGCCAGCGCCAGGUGAAGGAACGGGACAAGGACAAGGACAAGGAGAGGGAGGCAGGCCUCCAGACACCCAGCCGGGAACAAAUCGCUUCUCCGUCUUCGCUCAGCCCGGGCGUCAGCUACAGCCACGGUUUCGAGAGAGGGAAGGAGGACCUUUUGUCACUGCCUUUGAAAGAAGACUCACUUUCCAUAUCCAAGAGCAAGUCGGAAACCAAGCUGUACAAUGGCUCCGACAAGGACGUGUCCGCGUCUGGAGGCAAGCUCACCAAGAAGGAGUCCCUCAAGGUCCAAAAGAAGAACUACAGGGAGGAGAAGAAAAGGGCGACAAAAGAGCUGCUCAGUACCAUCACGGAUCCUUCCGUCAUUGUCAUGGCUGACUGGCUGAAGAUCCGCGGAACGCUGAAGAGCUGGACCAAGUUGUGGUGCGUGCUGAAACCGGGCGUCCUGCUGAUUUACAAGACCCACAAGAACGGCCAAUGGGUGGGCACGGUGCUGCUCAACGCCUGCGAGCUCAUCGAGCGACCUUCCAAGAAGGACGGCUUCUGCUUCAAGCUCUUUCACCCCCUGGAGCAGUCCAUCUGGGCCGUCAAGGGUCCCAAAGGGGAAGCGGUGGGCUCCAUCACUCAGCCGUUACCCAGCAGCCACCUCAUCUUCCGUGCAGCCUCCGAGUCCGAUGGUCGUUGCUGGAUGGGAUCAUGGGAACUGGCCCUGAAGUGCUCCAGUCUGCUCAAAAGAACCAUGAUCCGCGAGGGCAAGGAAGACGUGAGCACGGUGGCCUCUGGAGGAGAACAUUCCCUUAAUUUCUACAGCCUCUUACGUGCUCACAACAUGCAUGGAUUCCAGUUUAACGACAGCGAUCAUUUAAAAGACCCAGACCUCUACUCCGACAAGUCAGACCGGGAGGGCGAGCCGGACCACGAGGAGUCGGACCCGGAAGGCCUGGAGAAGAGCGAGGAGAGCGACAGCGACACAUCGGAGCGCCAGGAAGAUUCGUACGUCGACAUGGACCCCAAUGAGCACGUGCGGGAAACGCCCUACCUGGAACAGUGUCAUGAGGAACUGGGCGAGGCAGGCGAGGCUGCCCAGACGGAGACGGUGUCAGAGGAGAACAAGUCCCUGAUCUGGACUCUCCUGAAGCAAGUGCGACCGGGAAUGGAUCUGUCCAAAGUGGUCCUGCCCACGUUCAUCCUGGAGCCGAGGUCCUUCCUGGAUAAACUCUCUGACUACUAUUACCAUGCCGACUUCCUGUCAGAGGCUGCGGUCGAGGAAAAUGCCUACAACCGGAUGAAGAAAGUGGUCAAGUGGUACAUUUCUGGGUUCUAUAAAAAGCCCAAGGGCUUGAAGAAGCCUUAUAACCCCAUUAUCGGCGAGACUUACCGCUGCAUGUGGCUCCACCAAAAGACCACCAGCAAGACCUUCUACAUUGCAGAACAGGUAUCCCAUCACCCCCCUGUGUCAGCCUUUUAUGUCAGCAACAGGAAGGAUGGAUUCUGCCUAAGCGGAAGCAUCCUUGCCAAGUCCAAGUUCUAUGGAAACUCCUUGUCGGCCAUAUUGGACGGUGAGGCUCGACUCACUUUCCUCAACCGGGGAGAGGACUACGUGAUGAACAUGCCCUACGCUCAUUGUAAAGGCAUCCUGUACGGCACCAUGACUCUGGAGCUGGGUGGUCAGAUCACCAUUGCGUGUGAGAAGACAGGCUACAGUUCUCAGCUGGAGUUCAAACUCAAGCCAUUCCUAGGAAGCAGCGACAGUGUCAACCAGAUCUCCGGAAAGAUAAAGCUGGGGAAGGAAGUGCUGGCAACUCUUGAGGGACACUGGGACAGCGAGAUCUUCAUCAAUGACAAGAAGACGGGAACGGUGGACACUUUCUGGAACCCAACGCCAGACCUGAGGCAGAGCCGUCUGACACGCUGCACCGUCCCCUCCGAGGAGCAGGGGGAGUUUGAAUCCGAGAGACUGUGGCAGCACGUGACGAGGGCCAUCAACAGCAAGGACCAGACGGAGGCCACCAACGAAAAGUUCAUCCUGGAGGAAAGUCAGAGGAAGUCGGCGCGGGAGAGGAAAGCCAAGUGCGAGGAAUGGAACCCCACUCUGUUCGAGCAGGACUCCGUCACUGGAGAGUGGCAUUAUAAAUAUGCUGACACAAGGCCAUGGGACCCACUCAACGACCUGAUCCAGUUCGAAAAAGACGGUUGUAUCCAGACCAAGGUCCGACACCGCACCCCCAUGGUACGUUCUGGCAGUCUUAUUAGUCUGAGUAACCAGGGGCCGCGGAGGGACAAUUGCAAGUGCCAGGUAACGGUGCCGAAGAGGAAACACAAGAGCGACAACCCCAAAAACCCAGAGAGUGGCUGCUCUUCGCCUGAACUUGACCGCCAGGACUCCUCCGGAAGUGAACGACACAAGAGCAAACACAGCAGCCGUCUGCGCAAAAAGGGUGCGGACCUUAGUGAACUUCAAAGUGCCAUUGAAUCCAUCAAGCAAACACAGCAGGACAUCAACAGGAGCAUCAGCGUGUUGAGGAGUCGAACGGCAAGCCGGACGGAGGGCACCUCCUUCCUGCAGCAGCGUGACUAUGUCAUCAUCGUGGCCCUCAUCGCCCUGCAAGUGGUUAUCAACUAUGUCUUCAAGUAGCAGUCAGCCACAGCAGAGAGACUGAUCACAAAUGCACUCGGUAACAGACUACAUUUUUUUCCCCUCCCCAGCAUCAUCCUCAAUUAUUUUUUUUAGCUUCCAAAAAAAAAAAGCUAAUUCACCCCAAAUUGGGAGAAGUGUGUAUGUUUUUUAUUUUCAAGUCCAUUCCGAAAUGGCGUAAAGAUCCACAGAUUUCAAAAAGACUCUUGUCAACAAAGCGCACAGCCAUUUUAUGUCUGACGGGAAUGGAACAACUCCAUUAAUUCAAAUGUCAUGACUACUCUCCAAAUGAAAUUAACUACAGUGUCCACUUUUUUUUUUUUUUUUUACUACUGUGUUCUGUCCAAAGUGGUCCAAUCUGUAUGAUUGUUUUUUUAGCACUUGGAAAUUGACUCAAAAUAGUUUACGCACAGUUAAAAAAAAAAAAAAAAAAUCAACGUCUUAUGAUAGAUCACACAUUGAGUGAUUGAUUUAUUGAACAUAUAUGUACAGCUAGAAAAGUGUGGUUAGCGCACUUUGCAACUUUGUACAGUAUUUUGUCUUCUGCACAAGCGCACUGGAACCGUCCAAUGUUUUUCAACAUCAAUUCUCCGAGAACUUGAUGUUUAUUAGCUCUUCAUGACCGUCAUCACUGCCCAAAUGAAUCCGCCAUGUAAUUUUAAGUGUUCUUAUUAGC